AUGGGUGAAUUUGAAAAAAAUUCUCAACAAUAUAUACCACAACAAAAAGUUAAAACAAAAUUAUUAUCAUGUAAGCAAUUAACACAAAGUAAAAGUAAAGUCGGGUGUUUAAAACCGGGAUCAGAAGAAGAAAAUAUUGUUGAAACAAUGUCAAAUUCUAAAUUGACAUCACCCAAAAAAUCAAGAAACAUAUUGAGAAAAAAUUUAAUGAGGGGACACUCUGAUCCAGAAUCUAGAACGACAAGAUUAAGUUUGUGCUGUGCUGUUACCGAAAGUAGUUCUCACACUCCACCCCAUUCAAAUCAUUUUCAAGUUUCUCAUGGUGGAAAUCAUUAUGAAGAUGAUGAACCUCAAAUAAUUCACACGAAGGAUUCAGAUUCAACUUCGAAUAAAAAUGUGGGAUCUUUUCCGAUAACUGUUACAAAUGAUAAAAAUCAAGUUGAAAAUAUUACUUGUAAAAUAAAUGAAAAAGAAUUUAAAUGUUCUCUAAGCAAACCUCCAUCAUGCACUUCAUCUCCUGCUAAAUAUGCCAAUCAUGAUGAUGAUGAUGAUAAUAAUGAUAAUGAAGAUGAUGAUAAUAAUGUUUCUAGUGCUUCUUCUACAAAUUCGCUUACACUUUGCCAAAAUAAUAAUAACAUUCCUAGGAGACAUCAUUCGAAAAGAUUAUCAGUUGACAAUCUGAUGCUUUCACCAUCAUCGCCAACUUUGUCUGCCCGUCAUUCAUCUCCGGAUUCGGUAAAAAGUGUACCUCAUGUGAAGGACAGACGACGACGUAUGUCUCACGAUGCCAUAAAAGAAAAUAAAAAUAAUUCAAACGUUUUAAUUAACAAUUUAAACAUUUCGAAUCAAAAUAAACAUCCGUCGAUGGAUUCAUUAGCAAGGCAAUCAUUAUUAGCUGCUCAGGUUCUUCAUCUUAUUCCAGCCGAUAAAGCGAGGGAAAGAAAUUUUCUUCAAGGUCGCGUCGGUGCCAAUUCCAUGUUAGGUCCUCUGGAAUUGGAUAGAGUACUUCCGACACGGGAAAUCAAAAUAUUUAUCGGCACGUGGAACAUGAAUGGUGAGCCACCACCUUCCGAAUUGAACGAUUUCAUGUUGCCAGAUGGUUUGGAACAUGUACCGGAUAUAAUAGCCGUCGGUACUCAGGAAAGUUCACCUGAAAGAUUUGAUUGGGAAGUGAAAAUUCAAGAGACCAUCGGUCCCUCGCACGUUUUAUUUCAUUCUGCUGCAUUAGGAACGAUUCAUUUGGCUAUUUUUCUAAGACGUGAUCUUUUGUGGUAUUGCUCAGUUCCUGAAGAAUCUAGUCAAAAUGUCAGACCGGGAAUGGCAUUUAGAACGAAGGGUGCCGUAGCGAUUGCUUUUAUACUUUUUGGAACGUCUUAUUUGUUUAUAACAUCACAUUUAACCGCACAUCAGGAAAAAGUCAAAGAAAGGAUUCACGAUGUUAAAAGAAUCGUUAGAUCUUUGGAUUUACCAAAAAACCUUCCUUUGAGACACAGAAUCAAAAGCAAAGAUGUCACACAAAAUUUCGAUUGCGUUUUUUGGUUCGGCGAUUUAAAUUUUAGGUUGGCACAACCUCGUGAGGACGUUCUUCAUUGGGUCGAAGAAUACAAAUUUCCUUUGCUCGUAGAUCUCAAAACGGAUCAAUUGAAAAAAUUAAUAUUAGACGGCACGUGUUUGUCGACGUUUCAAGAAGGUUCCAUAACGUUUCCACCGACGUACAAAUACGAUGUCGGCACUCAAAAUUUUGACACAUCGUCGAAGCAAAGAACUCCAGCAUACACGGAUCGAAUUUUAUUCAAAAGCAAAGGUGGUAAUUUAUCAUGCGUCACUUAUUCAUCUGUGCCUACCAUAUGCACGUCGGAUCAUAAACCCGUUUGGGGUGUUUAUAGAGGAGUCGUACGUCCGGGAAUCGACACGUAA